AUUGAGGGGGCCAGAUACACCCAACUGGAGCCAGGCGCUGAACUCAAAUGUUUUUCUGUUGCAUCUUUAAGAAAAAAUUGCUGUAUUCAGCUACGUUAGAAUAUGCCGGUGCUCUCAGAUUUUUGCAAUGCCAUCCGAAACUUUUGUUGCAAAGGAAAUGUUGAGAAUGACAGUCCCACACAGCAAGCAAAACAAAGAUUAAGCCGAAGAGGAGCUAGACAGACUGGGAGCAGGAGAACGAUUCAUUUCAGCGACACUUCAAAGGAGAAGCACUUUACACACUCCAGCAAAGAAAGAUCGAAAACUGCACAUUCAAAAAAGUCAGAGUCUGCAAAACAUAAAGAAAGAAAGGAUGCAAAAUACAAAGGGGGAAGGCUAACUCCACCAGACAGAGGCAGAGCACACAAUCAGAAUAUCCAGGAGAGUGCGCACAGAGGCAGGAAAAGCAGAGAACAAAGCAGAGAGAAAUCCAGUGGCCAAAAUGACGCUGCAGCCAACAUAGAGAGAGGAAGCAGACAACAGAGCAAAGAGAAGCUGGGAGGCCAGAAAGACACUGCAGCCAGCAGAGGGGGAGUAACUAGACAGCAGAGCAAAGAGAGGCUAACUAGUAGAAAAGGGGCUGUAACACAUACAGGCAGAGUAAGCAGAGAAUCCAGUAAAGAGAGGCUGAACGUUCAGAAGCACAUGGAAGCUAAUAGAAAGGGGUCAAGCAAAAAACAAAGCAGAGAGAAGCUAACUGGUCGAAAAGACACUGUACAACACAGAAGACCCAGCAGAUAGCACAGUACUAAGUGACUGAAUGAGAAGGGAAACUUUGCAGCAGAAAGAGCAGGCAGGUGGUACAGCAAAGAGAGACUGAAUGAGAUGGAACCACAGCAGCAGCCAAUGACUGAGCCAAUGGGUAGCAGACAAUGGUAAGAAACUCAGUAAAAGGAAAGGCACUGCAACAUAGAAAGAGAGAGAGGCUAACAGCACAGCCAAGACAGGACAGGAUGCAGAAGGAGACUGGGUAGCAACACUGUCGAUGGCUGAAUGAGAGCAAAGCAGGUGUGUCACAGAGACUAGAACAGCAGUGCAGUUUAAUCACUUGUUGGGAGUUGGGUGAUCUCGAAGGUAGAACUCACAAGAAGACAAACCAUUCUCCAGAAAGAUAAUUAAAAUUUUAAUAUAAUGAUAAGAAAUAAAUUGAGUUAAAUCAAAAAUGUAAAUUGCUAUCUAUAAUACACCUUUUCUGUGUUGUUUUGAAUAUUUUGUGCAUUUUUAUGUUUUGAGUCAGCUGGAUUUUUCUCUUGGAGGAUCAUUCUCCCAGUUGGAGCUCUCACAGCUCACAAACCACCCUCCCAACUGAAGUGUGAAUUUUCCCAUGAUAUUUCUGUUUUUUUCUCUGCAGAGUUUGGGUUUUCGAUGCAGUUUGAAGGUACUGGAGGAGUAUGGGUGCAGGGGAUCC